CGUUAUAUUCGCUGAAGUCAAACCUGAUCUAGGGAUCCUGUCCUACAGGAUCCCUAACCUGAUCCUAGUCACACUAACGCGCUCUAGUGGCAAAAAUCUGUCCCAUCAUUUUCGUACAUUUCUAAAGCAUUGCGUGCGCCCUCCUGUUAUCUAGCUCCGUGCUAUAAUAAUGUCUUUUUGCUUGAUGUUCGUGUGAGGUUAUGUUCGACAAUGAAACACAUAAAAAAGCAUAGAAGAUAAAGUGCAUUCAUUGUUGCAUGAUCAAAUGCAAUAGUAGUUCAUAUUUUCAACACUAUGCCAUAAUGUCGCUUUAUAAUCAUUUAGUUGUAGUUAUUGUCAUUAGAGUGCACUACUUGUAGUUUAAAUUGCGUUGUAUUGAAAUAAAAGUGUUAACCUUUAAAAUUAUCAGUGAAUAUUUGUAAUUAUCAGAUAAAUGUAUAAAUAAUAUAAAGUAUUUUUAUUUUUCAAUAUUUUCAUUUGAAAUUUGUCGUUAUUAUAAUGUCAGAUCAAGAUAAGGAAGAAGAAUUCAUUGCUUAUAAAAAUGAUUCACGAAUACCUUGUCGUUAUGGCGCGAAAUGUUAUCAAAAAAAUCAAUUACAUCAUGAUAAGUACAAACACCCGCCUUCAAAUAAACAGAAAAAAAAUAUGGUCAAACGUAAACCAUUGAUUGGGAAUAAAAGAAAAAUUACAGCAAUAGAUGACAAUGAUGAUGAUGAUGAUGAUAAUAAUAAGGAACAAGUGGAAUCUAAUUCUGAAGCAAAUAAAAUUAGAAAAGUUAAGAAUGAUCUUAAUGAUAGUAUUGUAGACAAUCCAAAAAAUGUUAUCGAUCAUGUAGAAACUGAUGACAAACAAUUGAUCACAACGUCAAAUGAUAAAAAAGUAGUUGAUGAUAAUACAACAGAAAUGAAAGAAAAAUCUGGUGCAUCAUCAGAUAACAAUAAUCACGUCAAUGACGAUGAUACAUGCACAAUAUUAUCUCCAACUUGUGUGAAGGAAAAUAUUAAAAAUUUAUUGUUAGUUGAAAUGCCAGAUGAUUUCUAUCAAUUUUACGAAUUUUGCAAACUUAUUUCUGAAAAGGAACCAUUAAUGGCAUUGAAAUCUAUUAAUCUUUAUCUUGUUGGACCAUAUGAUAUUUUAAAUAAUAAAUUAACAAGUUAUAAGAAUAAUGAUAAAGAAAAAUAUCUUAGACAUUGGAGAUAUUAUUAUGAUCCACCAGAAUUUCAAACAAUUAUUAGAGGAAAUAAAGAUGGUUUACAUUUUGGAUAUUGGAGAGAUGAAUGUAAUGAAAAUCCAAUAUACGUAGCCAAAAAUAAAGCAGAAAUAGAUUGUACAAUACAACCUGUUGCCGAAAAUAUAUUCGGUGCAAUUAAUGUAUUCAUGGAAGAAAAAUGGAAAACAGCUAAUUUAUUUGAAAAACCAAAUGUAGCACAACUUCAAAAAAAAUUGAAAGUAUUUGCUGAAAAGCAUGAUAUAACAUUAGAGAAAAAAACGAAUAAGAUGAUAAAUCGUGAGAAAAAUGUUAUUGUAAGAACAUUUCAUAAAGCUGGAAUCGUUGUUCCAUAUAAUAAAAGAACGCAGUUGGGUUAUAGAGAAUUAUCAGUGACAGACAAAGAAUUAAAACAAAUAUUGGAGAAAAUGGACAAAGCAGAUUCAUCAGAGGAACGUAAAGAUAUAAUGUGUAAACUCGACGAGAUUGUACGACUUGCAACAAUAGCUGCUGACGAAUGUGAUUUUGGAACUUGUUUAGAAUUGGCUCAUGAUUUGUUUUCUAGUGGUAGUGUGUAUGUUGAAAAAAUAGCAUUACAAAUGUUUUCGAUUGCAUAUACACAUCUAAAUCGUCCAGAAUUUUUAGAAAUAAUUAAGGCACACUUAAAAAAUAGAAAACGUGGUAGUGACUUGUCAGUCAUUUAAAAUUCUUCAAAUUUUCAAAUAUAUAUAUAUAUUUAUAAUUAUAAUUUAA